AUGGAUGAGCACAAGUAUAGAUUGCAGUGUUCUUACAGUGAACCAGGUUUCUUAAGUGACAUAUUUGACGUACCACGGUGUUGGAAGUCCCACAAGUAUCUUCAGCAAAACCGCUGGCCCCAAAGUUGGUUGAGAAGGGAGAUCCAAGCUCUGAUGCAGGAGGAAGAUGUUGACAUCGUCAUGCACCACAUACAUGGCGUGAUUAAUUCAUCCCUGAUGAGGGAUAAACAAAAAGAUCGAAUGACAGCACCUGAAGAAAAACAAGGAGAAUUUCAAGAAUCAACCUCUGAUGCAGCAGGGCCUUUCCUGGCAGCUAGAACCAAUCGGUUUGUACACGAGGUGGAACUAUUUCUUGCUUCGGGUGUGAACAUUGAAGCAUACGAUGCUGUGUGCAUGCAACGCUUAGGUUGGAGUGCUCCGGGAGUAACUACAGAGCCAGCAGAGGUCGAACUCGCCGUGCACAGACCUGUGAUCCUUUAUUUGUACAUAUUUUUUUAUUCCGACGGCAGCGAAUGAAAGUUUGUCUGCAUAUGUAUGG